AAGCUCGAAGUGCCCAGAGAGUUCAAACCCACCAUUCCGGAUCGGGGCUGGCUGGUGUAUCCAUUCCACGAGAAGAACCCGAUCUGGUCAUCGGCCCUCGCCAUACUGCCCGCCCUGCUUGGCACCAUUCUGAUCUUUAUGGAUCAACAAAUUACGGCUGUGAUAAUCAAUAGGAAAGAGUAUAAGCUAAAUAAGGGCUGCGGUUACCAUUUGGAUCUGUUUGUGCUGGCUAUUCUGAUUCAGAUCUGCACCGUUAUGGGGCUACCUUGGUUUGUGGCUGCUACCGUACUCAGUAUUAAUCAUGUCAAUUCACUCAAAAAAGAAUCGGAAACGGCCGCCCCCGGUGAGAAGCCUCAGUUCCUUGGCGUUCGCGAACAACGAGUCACCCACAUACUGAUCUUCCUGACGAUCGGAUGUUCCGUGUUGUUGACGCCACUCCUGUCACACAUUCCAAUGCCAGUAUUAUAUGGCGUAUUUCUGUACAUGGGUUCCGCCUCGCUCAAGGGGCUCCAGUUCUUCGAUCGGCUACUGAUCAUGUUGAUGCCAGUCAAGUAUCAACCGGACUACAUGUUUUUGAGACAGGUACCAAUUCGUCGAGUGCAUCUCUUCACGCUGAUACAGCUGGCAUGUCUCAUUAUGCUGUGGGUGAUCAAAUCAUUCUCAUCAACAUCGAUUCUAUUCCCGCUGAUGCUGGUCGUCAUGAUCGGUAUCCGCAAAUCGUUGGAUCUGGUAUUCACUCGGCGGGAACUGAAGAUCUUGGACGACGUCAUGCCGGAAAUGACGAAGCGGGCCCACGCAGACGAUCUUCACCAACUGGAGGAUGGCGAGGACUCCAAUCAGCAUUCGGCCGACAAUCUGCAACUGCCGCUGGAAAACGGAGCCCUCAAUAGUAAAGGUAAAAUAAACAUAUCCGAGGAAGUCAACAGGACCACAAUCUGGAAGCAGGUCAACAAUUGCAAUAUUUUGUUCACGAAGAAACAAACCAAAACAGCUUCCAAUACGACAUCUACAAAACAUCAAAACUACCCACCGGAAAAUUUUACACCGAUUCCUGCCAACCAGCAAUUAUCAACUGAUACCAAAUCGAGAAAAUCCUCCGAUCCCGAGAAAAGACUGUUCACAAUGUGCGAGGAGGAAGAAACGAACCCGGAUCCGCGCCGAUUGACCCAUCAGAAGAGGACACAGAACAUGAAGCGAGAGUUUUGGAUGAACACAUCUCCAGAUGGUAACACCACCAUCAUCUUCACUCCUUCCGGAGCUGAUACGACGGGCACGAGCGAUUCAACGAUACAUCCCGAUAGCAUACGCCACGGGUCAGCGAAAAAUUGUUCGGAAACGCAAGUGUGAAAAGCAAAGUCCAGAUAACUUGUAUAGUAGAGUGCCCCAAAUGACCCGACUUUUGAAAAAGUUAUGCGCUG